CGUCGGAGGGCCCCCGGGGCCCCGUCACCCAUGCAUGGCUCGGUGGGGACGGGUGGACCCCGGGCAGCCUGCUGUCACCUGCCGAGCGAGCGAGCUGCUGCGGGAGCCAGGAGAGAUCUAGGGGAAGGUGGAAGCGUCCGCUGCCCGCGCGUUUCCUUCGCUGCGGCUGCUGUGUGAGAAAACGGCUGUGGGUGUUCUCGGGCCCUUGCAUCACCGAUGCAAAAGGCCGGUGCUGGUUCUUCAGAAUGAAGCACUUUAUCCGCAGCGGCGCUCCUACACCAGCGAGGAUGAGGCCUGGAAGUCUUUCCUGGAAAACCCUCUCACGGCGGCCACCAAAGCGAUGAUGAGCAUCAAUGGCGACGAAGACAGUGCCGCCGCCCUGGGCCUGCUCUAUGACUACUACAAGGUCCCCAGAGAGCGCCGGGCAUCCGCAGCCAAGCCAGAGGGGGAGCACCAGGAUCCAGAACACAGCAAACGAACCAGCAUGCCGAAUGUGCCGGAGCAGCCCCUCAUUUCUGCUGGCGAAAACAGGGUGCAAGUGCUGAAGAACAUGCCCUUCAACAUUGUCCUCCCCCACGGCAACCAGCUGGGCGCCGAUAAGAGAGGCCACCUGACGGCUCCUGAUACAACAGUCACUGUCUCCAUAGCAACCAUGCCUCCCCACUCCAUCAAGACCGAAAUCCAGCCGCACGGCUUUGCCGUGGGGAUCCCCCCAUCCGUGUACCACCCUGAGCCCGCCGCCGCCGCCGCCGAGCGUGUGGUGGUGUUCGACCGCAGCCUCAGCACUGACCAGUUCAGCUCCGGCACUCAGCCUCCCAACGCUCAGCGGAGGACCCCAGACUCCACCUUCUCAGAGACCUUCAAGGAGGGCGUUCAGGAGGUUUUCUUCCCCUCGGACCUCAGUCUUCGGAUGCCGGGCAUGAAUUCAGAGGACUAUGUGUUUGACAGUGUUUCUGGGAACAACUUUGAGUAUACCCUAGAAGCCUCCAAGUCGCUUCGACAGAAGCAAGGGGACAGCACUAUGACUUACCUGAACAAAGGCCAGUUCUAUCCAGUCACCUUAAAGGAAGUGAGCAGCAAUGAAGGGGUCCACCACCCGAUCAGCAAAGUUCGAAGCGUGAUCAUGGUGGUUUUCGCCGAGGACAAAAGCAGGGAAGACCAGCUGAGACACUGGAAGUACUGGCACUCCCGCCAGCACACGGCCAAGCAGAGGUGCAUUGACAUUGCCGACUACAAAGAAAGCUUCAAUACUAUCAGCAACAUUGAAGAGAUCGCUUACAAUGCCAUUUCCUUCACCUGGGACAUCAACGACGAAGCGAAGGUGUUCAUCUCCGUGAACUGCUUAAGCACGGAUUUCUCUUCUCAGAAGGGCGUGAAGGGCUUACCGCUCAACAUCCAGAUCGACACCUACAGCUAUAACAACCGUAGCAACAAGCCGGUCCACAGAGCCUACUGCCAGAUCAAGGUCUUCUGCGACAAGGGCGCCGAGCGGAAAAUCAGGGACGAAGAGCGGAAGCAGAGCAAGAGAAAAGUUCCCGAUGUUAAGGUGCAACUGCUUCCCUCACACAAACGGACGGACAUCACGGUGUUCAAGCCCUUCCUGGAUCUGGAAACCCAGCCGGUCCUCUUCAUCCCCGAUGUGCAUUUUACCAACCUGCAGCGGGGCAGUCACGUUCUUCCCAUCCCCCCUGAAGAUCUGGAAGGUGAAGGGUCUGUCUUGAAAAGGGGGCCCUUUGGAACCGAGGAUGACUUCAUAGUGCCUCCACCUACAAAGCUGACCCGGACAGAGGAACCCAAGAGAGUGCUGCUCUAUGUCCGAAAGGAGUCCGAAGAAGUCUUCGAUGCUCUGAUGCUCAAGACGCCGUCUUUGAAGGGCUUGAUGGAGGCAAUCUCAGACAAGUAUGACGUCCCCCAUGACAAGAUUGGGAAAAUAUUUAAGAAGUGCAAAAAAGGGAUCCUGGUGAACAUGGACGACAACAUCGUGAAACACUAUUCCAAUGAAGACACCUUCCAGCUGCAGAUUGAAGAAGCCGGCGGCUCGUACAAGCUCACCCUGACGGAGAUCUAAGGGUGCAUCACUGGAACCUUUCUUGCAACUUCCUUGGACGUCUCGACUGCCUUUCUUAAGAAGAACUCCAGUGGGUGACCGUGCGGGGUUAUCUCAGUUAAAGCUGCGUUGUAUAUAAGUGCAAUAUCGUUCUGAAGGUCUGCCUGUAAAUGUGUACAUACAUGUCCGAUACAAAUCUAUAAUAUAUAAAGACGGUAUCUGUGUACAGAUAGUGAAGGCAAACAGGAAGAUCUGCUUUGAAAACCCUCCCCCAGAGAAGAGGCUAUUUUGGAUAACGUGGACCAAGCAGGUAGAAAGCAUCUUCCCAAACACGAGCAAGUGUUCCCUAGUGUAGCAAAAAGCCAUCCCGGGUGGCAGAGACGCCUGCUCUGGAGCGUGUCGUCAUCACGUGGGCUUCUGCAGCCUGAGUGGGACUGAGGGAAGACUCGCUGCAGCCACCGUGUGGGGUGUGCAUGCAGAUGUCAGCAAGCUGUGCCCUGCCGAGUCCCGGCUGUCAUCCCGCCAGCCACGCGUCCCCAAAUGGGCCGACUUCUGCGACUGCCACCUUUCCGAGCUUUCAAGCCUUGGCUGCCGUGUGUGCCACCUAGAAAGCUCUCGUGGAUUUACGCGACUGUGGCAGGAGAAUGUUUUAUAUACACUUAAAUAUUAAAAAAAAAAAAAAACCAAAACUUUACAAUGUAAUUUUAUAACAAAUCCUGUAACAGAAAUACAAUUGCGGGUCUCGGUAGGUUCAGGGAGCUGGAGAAGGUCACUUGUAUGACUAGGAUGUUAGCUGUAUACGUAGGUAAAACUGUUCUAAUGAAGUAUGUGAGCAAAAGAGCUGGUUUUCUAAGACGGGAUACGGGUCACAUAACACUAUUUUAUAUUUUGUUUUAAUGAAAUCAGUUUUACUUGUUUUAAUUGUAUCGUUGAACGUGUUUUAAACUAAAGGGAUUGAAUUUUGUAUAUCUAUUUCA